CGAUGAUCGUGCUAUAUCACCCAACUUGGAUCCCUUGAUUCAUAUCAAGGCGCUUGGAGGUGGAUCUGGACUCGAAGGUGAAAUCAUGAAUCACGCCGCUCUGGAUCAGUUUCUGUGAUAUUUCAUCCUGCAGCUGUGACCUGCUGGCUCCCAUCUUCCUUUUCUUACCCUUGACGUUUUCUACUUUUGGAGUCCAUCAGGCUGACGAAAUUGUUUCGUUUAUGUCACCAACACUUGCAUAACCACAAUUCCAAUACUGGUUGUCGUUGCCCACUUAGUUUCCGCAUUUACUGUGAGUAGAGGACUAUUUGUUGCAUUCAAUUUGCUUUUAUAAGGUAUAGUAAUUCAGUACAACCUGAAACUUUGUUUUUUGUUCCGAGAACUACAUUAGACAAAAUGGCCGUGCUUCCUGGUGCAAGCGAACUUCCGGACGAUGAACGGAAUAUGUUCAAGCGUAAUAAGGAGCCCCGAUUCUACGAAAAUGAUGUCCCCGAGGUUAACUCUCUUGUCAUGGUGAAAGUUCUGCGCGUCGCAGAAACUAGUGCUUACGUCAUGUGCCUCGAAUACUCCGGUAAAAAGAUGAUUAAGAUCGUGAGGAACGUUCUCAUGUUUUCUUUUUCAUUCCUUAUCACGACCAUGAAACUGUCCUCCUGUCCUCUAUGUAGACGUAGAAGGAACUCUUUGGUGCUUCAUUCUUAAGAGUAGAAAAGUUAUGAUUUUGAUUUUUUCUCGUGCCCAAACGACUUCAGGUCUCGAGGGUAUGAUCCUCUUCUCCGAGGUGUCGACAAGACGUAUUCGAUCGAUGUUGAAAGAAAUUCGAGCGGGUCAGUUUUGCGUUUGCAUGGUGUUGCGUGUAGACAAGGAAAAAGGUAAUAUAUAAGACGUUAUAGAUUUCGUAGUUCUCAGUCUUUCCUCGGACUGACUAAGGCCGUAGAGACCAUAUUUUGCGAUUUCAUCUCAGUAUCCGAUUCAAAUACCACCGAGGUCCAAACAUCAAUGAAUAAUCAUUGUCGAAUAUCUCGAAAAAUUAGGUCAUUUGGACUUGUCACGUCGGCGUGUGAAUGCGGAUGAUCGUGCAGGCUUCUUGCAGAAGUACGCGAAGUCAAAGCUUGUCCACUCAACGAUGCGUCAGCUGUCAGCAGUGCACUCUCUCAACUGCGAAGAACUCUGCUCGAAAAUCGCAUGGCCACUCUACAAGCGAUUUCCUCACGCAAUCGACGCCUUCAAACAGUACUUACGAAGGAGUGUUUUGUUCUACUAGGAAGAAUAAGCACGUUUAUUUUGACAAUUUUUUGGUAUUUUCCGCAGAACAAUCAUAAAGACCAAUCUCCACAUUGUCUCUGUAAGUCAAUAUGUUGCUCCAAAUAAUUGAAUUUCUUCUGCAAUUACGCGACUUCGACGACGCAUCACAGGUACAUCAACACAAGAGACGACAGUAUUUUUAAGGAGAUGGACGUACCAGAAAAAGUGAAAACAGAUAUGCUUGCGAUCAUCGAAAAGAAGCUCACACCCCAGGCGAUCAAGCUCAAAGCAAAGAUCGAGGUAUUGAUUAUGAUAGAAGUUGAUAAGUAAGCAGAGAAAAAUAGUGCUAGACGAAGUCGAGCACAAAGAGAAUGAAAACCUCGUUGCUCAAUGAUGAAUCCCCUUUUUUCUGUUCAAUGAAACAAAAUCUUUACUUUACAUCGCGAAUACAGGUAUCAUGCUAUGAGAUCGAGGGUAUUGACGCAGUGAAGGCAGCACUCAUGGCUGGUUUGGAUGAUAAGGAGCAUAGGGAGGACGACGGACCUAUGGGAAAGAUCGUUAUUAAGGUUGUCGCGCCACCACACUAUGAUGUCACUACGCAGUCAGUCGGCAAGGAGGCAGGCAUGCAGGCUAUCGAAGCUGCACUCGGGAGAAUCGAGGCCAAAAUUAAGGAGAAGGAGGGUAUUUUUCAAGACAAACAAUUUUAUAAUAAGAAUAAUUUUUUUAUCGAAUGUUGGAUAGAGCUGCGCUUCCUAAGAAAGGACUCCUUUUGUAGUAGAAUUUUGAUAUUAUGCUACGAAUGAUCAUUUUCUUCUCGGUAUACAGGUAACUUUACUGUGCGAUCGAAGCCAGAAGUUCAGGAGGGCGGAGACGACGAAAUUCUGGAGCGGGAUGUCGCGUCUGACGCCGAGCGCGAUGAUGACGACGACGACGAUGAUGACGAUCAGGAUGAGACCAUGGGCAAUGUUGACCUCGGUGACUUCGAGAAAAAGUAAAGGAAAAGUUAAUACCGUUGCUCAUGCUUGUUUCACGACCAAUAUAGAAGUAGUGUACUUAGGUAAUUUUUACAAGAGGGAAAGAACAAGAUGAACAUCAACAUACUUGAUCCACCAUGAAGCGAUUGAUGGUGUUGAACGGCUGCUAGUACGGACAUGGUUGUCGGACGAAGGCCGUAGAAGUUCUGGUCGCCAUACCAUUGCUCAACAUCUUGCUCAUGGACAUGCAACCCGGGCACACUGCGCACUCUUUUGUCGAGUGUUGGUGUUACGAAAAACAUAGCAGGAGUGUUUCAACGCAGUGCUGGUGCACGAAUGGGUUGCCUUCGAAUUUGUUUCAUCACGCUGAUGCUCAUCAUACCAAUCUGAUUUCACAACCCAAUCACUCUCAUUUGCUAACUCCUGUGUACGAGGACAGAUAUGAUUUUUCACACUCCUGGUGGCGUCUCAUUUUCAGAACGCCUCAUUAUACUCGCAAAGUAGAACUGCAAUAGAACGGAUUUAUUAAAGCGCAUUAUUUGUAGUCGAAAAGAAGCCUCAAAGUGCGCGCCAGCUGCUUCUUGAGAGGCAGAAGGCAAAGGAAGCAAUCUCCUCAGGGCCUAGGCCCCACCUCGCGGCACACCAUUCGGUGAAGUAACAAGAGAGAGUUCGCCGUGAAAAUAGG